AUGUCUCAACAAAGGCAAUCUCUGAUGGUGGGUGGUAACAACCUGGACCAAUAUAAUGACACAACGUUUACCAAAAUAUUUGUUGGAGGGUUAGCUUGGGAGACUCAAAGGGACACAAUGAAGAGGUAUUUUGAUCAAUUUGGAGAGAUCUUAGAGGCUGUUGUUAUCACAGAUAAGAACACUGGGAGAUCCAAAGGUUAUGGCUUUGUCACAUUUAAGGAUCCAGAGGCAGCCAUGAGAGCAUGUCAGAAUCCAUCCCCAGUUAUUGAUGGGAGGAGGGCAAAUUGCAAUCUUGCUUCACUUGGUGCAAACAAGAACAGACCACCAACUUUUCAGCAUGGUGCAGCACGGUUCAGGCCUCCACCUGGACUAUUGGCAUCACCUGCUUAUCAUGGUUCUUCAUCUACAUUUUUCCAUCAACCCCCUAGGCAAUACACAUUUCCCUAUUCAGCAUACGGAUAUUCUGGAUAUUCUCAAGACACCUUGUAUCCCCCGAGCUAUUAUAAUGUCUAUGGAGUUCAACAAUUUUCACCUUACUACCCAUCCACUGGAGCAUCUGGUGCAGUAGGCUUGAUCCAUAAUAUCUACCCUUUUUAUGAUCAAUAUGCACAGAGUGUCCAGGCUCAUGGUUUUGGAAUUCAAUACCCCCAAAUGGCACAAUUUCCAUUUUUGCCUCAGCAUUAUGGCUCCACUGGUAUAUUGUCAGUUCCUUCUUCAAUGGCAGUGCCAACUACUAGUGCAGCAACAGGAUCUGCAACCACAACUACAAUAUCAGCAAGUGUGGCAGCAACAGCGGUUGGUAGUACACAAGCCUCAGGAGUAGCUUCUGACGAGAAUUCUACUUCUUGAUCUCUACAAGGAUAAAGAACUUGCAAGGCUAACCGCAACAGAAGCUGAAUCCAAAGCUUCAGCCGUGGACUCAUAUUAGAGAUUUCUUAGAUAAAGCUUGUGCCCCUAACCCACCUU